UUCCUUUGGGUACUACGGAGAAAGACUUGAACGCAGAAAUCUAGUUUAUCCAAAAGUCUCCAGGCCAGGGAAUGAUGACUCCGUCACAGUAUAAGCUCACAACUUCUCCAACAAUCCUUUCCUAUUUACCAUUUUGCCACCCAUCUCGAUAUCUUCCUCUGCCUUGUCACAAGAAGCCGAAUCUCGUUUCGAGUUUCCGAGAAAAACCCAGAUUCUUACCUUCCGUCGGGUGCUUUGCAUCAUCUUCUCCAAUGGCUACUCCGACACAGAGCAGCGAAACCAAACCUUUCUCUGUCCUUUUCGUCUGUCUGGGUAACAUUUGUCGGAGCCCAGCAGCUGAAGGCGUCUUCAGAGAUAUCGUCAAAAAGAGAGGCCUCGACUCCAAAUUCACCAUUGAUUCCGCCGGAACCAUCGAUUAUCACGAGGGGAAUAUGGCAGAUCCAAGAAUGAGAAGUGCUGCGAAACGCCGUGGAGUUGAGAUAACAUCAUUAUCUAGACCAAUAAAGGCAUCUGAUUUCAGGGAGUUUGAUCUCAUUCUCGCUAUGGAUGAGCAGAACAGAGAGGACAUAUUGAAGGCUUACAAUGUGUGGAAAGCCAGAGGCAAUUUCCCACCUGAUGCUGAUAAAAAGGUGAAGCUCAUGUGUUCGUAUUGCAAGAAACACAAUGACAAGGUAGUGCCGGACCCGUAUUAUGGUGGAGCUCAAGGUUUUGAGAAGGUAUUGGACUUGCUUGAAGAUGCAUGUGAGUCGUUGCUGGACAGUAUAACGGCGGAAAUUUGACAUUGCAAUGAUUCCAGACACAAACUCUAUGUGUCUGAUUGAAACUGAUGUUAUUGCAUUUAUAAGACAUCUUCAGUUAUGUCAAACAGCGUUAGAAAUGGUGUGAAGCUCGAAUCUUGUUGAUGUUUUCUUUAAGAAUACCUUAUUAAGCUUACAGGUGAUAAUCACACUCAUUUUUCAAGCA